GAAUUUUUAGACGUCAAGAUGAUUCUUCCGUUGUUUAUGGAUAUUUUGAUAAUGGAAGAGAUAAACCUAAACUUUGUGCUGAUCCUGAGUUCCAUGAGAUUGUUGGUAAAGCAGCAAAAGUUUUACAUCUUGCUGAACACAGUGUUUCCGAUUCAAAAGGAAAUUCCGUAAAACUUCAUACUUCUUUAGAAACUAAGGUUUUUUCAUAA